GGCUGUACGUACAAUUGUAUCGUAAAUACAUCGCGAAGGUUAUGUUAUUUAAUUUUCACACAUGGUGCACGCACAUGGUUAUAAUAUAACGUCGCAGUUUGUGUUAUUCUUUGAGAACAAAAUGUCAAGGUCGAGAAGUAGCGUUUGGGAAGAUUUCGUCAAAGUUGACUCGAAAUCUGCAGUUUGCAAUAUUUGCAAUAACGUCGUUCAAAGAUCUGGUAAUACCACAAAUUUGACUAAUCAUUUAAAAAGGUAUCAUCCAGAACAUGGAAAAACGAAAAUUGUCGAAAAUACCACGGAACUACAAGUGGCAGAUGUUACACUAUCAGACAUUCCUGCAGAACCGAAGAAUACCAAUAGUGAAAAACAUUCAAGGAAGCGGAAAAAUCAAAUGCCAAUUGAUGAUAUUUUUAAAGAUAUCGAUUCUUUUAAAAAUGGAGGAUACAAAGAGGUUGCUUUAACAGAUGCGUUAAUUUACAUGGUUGCCGUGGAUAACUUAACGCUCAACACAUCUGAAAAAAAAGGUUUUAAAAAAUUAAUAAAAGUGGCUGCACCACUGUACAAGCCUCCUAGCAGACGUACUUUAACACGAGCGAUAGAUGCGAAAUACGAAUUCUUAAGUGAAAAAAUAAAACUGGAAUUGGCCGAUGUUAAAGCCUUAUGUUUAACCUCGGAUGCAUGGAAAAAUAAUCUGACUUGUCAAACCUAUUUAGGUUUAACCGUUCACUAUUAUAAAUUCGAGAAAUUGCAGUCAAUUAAAUUGGGGACUUUUCCAUUGGAAGAAUCUCACACUGGAGAGUAUAUAAGUGAAAAACUAGCUACCCUUUGCAAAGAUUGGAAAAUAGAACUGGAAAGUGUCGUAGCUGUGAUUACCGACAAUGCGGCUAAUAUGGUCAAAGCCAUUAAUUUAACGUUUGGUCGAGAGAAGCAAUUGGGAUGUUUCGCGCAUUCCUUGCAAUUGGUUCCUACAAAUGCCAUAAAAUUUACUCCUGGAUUGUCUGCAUUAAUAUCGAGCGUAAAGAGAUUGGUUACUUUUUUCAAGCAGAGCACGAACGCAUCCGAUGAACUAAGGAAGUUGCAGUUGCUACAAGGAAAAACAGAAGGGACAAUACGAAGACUAAUACAGGACGUCGAUACAAGAUGGAACUCUGAAUUUAGUAUGGCAAAAAGAUUUAUUGAAAUGGCUCCUCUUGUAAGUGCAGUACUGGUUCUGCAGAAAGGUAGUCCACCAAUGUUAAAUCGUGACGACAUGGAAACCCUGCAAGAAUUAGUAGAAAUGUUAUCUCCAAUAGAACAAAUUACUCGAGAAUUAUCUGCGCAAGAUUAUGUCACUUGUAGCGCUAUCAUCCCAAUGGUCAAUUGUUUAACUGUUUCCUUAAAUAACAUGGAAGCCGUGAAACCCAUAACGCGUCACUUGAAGCAAAUUCUGUUGACUGAAAUCGAGGAGAGAUUUCGCAACAUUGAGAAUGUUCCGAUUUACGCAAAAGCAACAAUUCUGGAUCCUCGUUUCAAAACGAUCCAUUUCAAAAGUGCCCUUGCUGUGGCAACCGCCAUGAAAAAAAUUGCCAGUGAAAUGAGAGCAAAUAAUAGUCAUAAUAUGGAGAUCCUAACUGAACCUAUUUCAACUUCCUCGACACCUAUUCGAAAACAGAAUUCAGCAGACAUUUGGAUGCAUCACGAUAAAAUCGUUGAUAAAACACUUUCAAAUGUAGAUGAAGCAGGUGGCUUACCCGUGGAAUUAAGGCAAUAUAAAAAUCAAGCUGUCCUUCAUAGGUCCGAAAAUCCCAUAGAACACUGGGAAAAGUUGAAACUUGCGUUUCCACAAGUGUACAGUGUAGCAAUUCGAUAUCUUCCAGUCGUAGCUACUUCGGUACCGUCUGAAAGUUUGUUUUCUUUAGCCUCUAAUAUAGAAACAAAGUACCGAAGUAGAAUUCAUCCUGAUCGCUUAUCAGAAUUAACAUUUAUGGCUUCUCUAAGUGAAGAGCAGUGGGGAUUUCCUCAUGCUGUGAUAUCAAAAACAUAAUAAUACGUAUAAUUUAGUAACUUUCAAGACUGUUUUUAUUUAAAUUCUUUAUUAUUUUAUUUUUUGUUGUUUAUUUAAAUAAAUAUUAAUUAGAGAAAUAUAGCACUUUUAGUGCUUGUAAAAGACUGCUUCUGACAUAAAGAUAAUUAUGAUAAUAAUUAUUAAAACAUUUAAUGGUUUUAAAUAAUUGUAGUGUGCUUCUAAGUGUACAGUAAGUUCAAUAUGUAUACGGUAUUUUUAAAACUGUUGAAUUUUCAAAUUUAAUUUGAACU